CUUCCUGUGCACGUACAUGCAGUGAACAGCUGAUGUGGUUCUUCUCUCUGACAGACAGCCGUGAAACAUUUUGUUCUCAUUCACCGAGAAUAUAGCUCGACAUGACAAAAGAGGAAGUCCAGGGGGCGACGGAGGCGGAGCAGCAGGCUCAGUCAAAGAAAGGCCUGAAGAAACAGCAGAAGGAAGCGGAGAAAGCUGCAAAGAAGGCCGAGAAGCAGGCCAAGCUGGCUGCCGAACAACAAAGCACAGAAGAAGAUGACUUUGCCAAGGACCGGUACGGUGUGUCGGCUAUGGUCCAGUCCCAACAAAAACUGGACAGGGCCUUGGUGCGGGUCCAAGACCUGAAUCCUGAGAAAGCUGACCAGCUGAUCUGGCUGCGUGCCCGAGUCCACACCAGCAGAGCCAAAGGGAAGCAGUGCUUCUUGGUCCUGCGUCAACAGCAGUUCAACGUGCAGGCUCUGGUCGCAGUGGGAGAUCGUGCCAGCAAGCAGAUGGUCAAGUUUGCCGCAAACAUCACCAAGGAAAGCAUCGUAGACGUGGAGGCGUUGGUGAGGAAAGUGGAGCAGAAGAUUGAGAGCUGUUCCCAGCAGGACGUGGAGCUCCACAUCGAGAGGAUUUUUGUCAUCAGCCAGGCGGAGCCUCGUCUCCCCCUGCAGUUGGAGGAUGCUGUCAGGCCUGAUGGAGAAGGGGAAGAGGAAAGCCGAGCCACAGUCAACCAGGACACCAGGCUGGACAACAGGGUGAUUGAUCUCAGGACGACCACCAGCCAGGCCAUCUUUCGCCUGCAGUCGGGAGUGUGCCACCUCUUCAGGGACACCCUCGCCAAAAAGGGCUUUGUGGAGAUCCAGACCCCUAAAAUCAUAUCAGCUGCCAGUGAAGGUGGAGCAAAUGUCUUCACUGUGUCUUACUUUAAAACCAGCGCCUACCUGGCCCAGUCUCCCCAGCUCUACAAGCAGAUGUGCAUCUGUGCUGACUUUGACAAGGUCUUCUGUGUGGGUCCAGUUUUCAGGGCGGAGGACUCCAACACCCACCGUCACUUGACUGAGUUUGUGGGUCUGGAUAUUGAGAUGGCCUUCAACUACCAUUACCACGAAGUGAUUGACUCCAUCACUGACACCAUGGUGCAGAUCUUCAAGGGCCUGAGAGACAACUUCCAGACAGAGAUCCAGACGGUGAACAAGCAGUUCCCCAGUGAGCCUUUCAAAUUCCUGGAGCCCACACUGAGGCUGGAGUACACCGAGGCCUUGGCCAUGCUGCGCGAGGCCGGGGUGGAGAUGGGCGACGAGGACGACCUCAGUACACCCAAUGAAAAGCUGCUCGGCCGUCUUGUCAAAGAAAAGUAUGACACCGACUUCUAUGUGCUGGAUAAGUACCCACUGGCUGUUAGACCCUUCUACACGAUGCCUGAUCCAAGCAACCCCAAAUACUCCAACUCAUAUGACAUGUUCAUGAGGGGGGAGGAGAUCCUGUCUGGAGCUCAGAGAGUCCACGAUGCUCAGCUGCUGACUGACCGGGCCAUGCAUCACCAGAUUGAUCUGGAAAAGAUCAAGGCAUACAUUGACUCCUUCCGGUAUGGAGCUCCCCCACACGGCGGUGGAGGCAUUGGCCUGGAGAGAGUCUGCAUGCUGUACCUGGGUCUCCACAACGUGCGUCAGACCUCCAUGUUCCCACGUGACCCUAAGCGCCUGACACCUUGAACCUCCACCCACAUGGCCAAACCCAGACGUCACUGGACUAACACACAGAGUUUAGUGAUGGGAAAUAAUACUAAUCCACAGUCCAGAAGGGAAGAGGGUAUUGGAGUGCCACCAUAAGACUCUAACGUGCCACUAUGAUUAACCAUUAAGACAAGGAAUGCAGCAGUUGUAACAGUAGGGUGUACUUUAUUGAUUGGUGUACAUAGCUGUCUUACAACAACAAAUAACAGAUGUAUAAAAGAGAAGGAGGAGUUGGCCAGUGGUUCAAAGGAAGUUGCUGUAAAGCUGCACACACCUAAUCCAUAUUCUAAUCAACAAGUCAGUGUUUGUCUACGUUCUUUUCUAUGGCGAUGUUACAAAACUACCGUAAAGGUUCAGUAGGUAACUUUUGUAAAAUUACUUUUUGCCAUUUUUGCAGAAACUGUCACUAUAUCCUGACUGUACUAUGUGAGACGGACCAUAUGUGAAAAAAUCAGGUUCCUCUGGCUCUGCCUGGUGCUUCUAACGGCAUUUCCAAGAAUCCACCGCGCCUGAAUGAAAACAGCCAAUCAGAGCCAGUUCAUUGUUGAGUCUCAUUCCCAGGUCCCCAAAUACCGGCACAGAGCGAUCUGUCGUAUCUCUGUCACUAUCUUUCUCCAGAAUCACCUACUGCACCUUUAAUACGGAUCUGAGUCCCUCCUGAUACCAGCACAGACGAAGGACUGAUGAUCGUAGUCUCGAGCUGUAACUCCAGGUGUUUUGUAUGUUAUUAGAGGACUAAAGACAAACAAUUAAAAAAAAACAUCAAUAACUCCA